ACAGCAGGUUUCCGCUCCCCUCAAGACCAGACACCUCCCGCCCGCUUCCACCUGUCCUCUUCCUCGCCUGCGAGCGCCCAAUUGCGCGCGCUCUGUCCGUCGUGCAGCUGCCAUAUACCGCGAGCCGGUCGGACCUCCGCUCCACAUUCCCGACAUGGCCACCGAAUCACGAGCAUCCGAGCUGAAGCAGCAGGGCCUGCUCGAUGCAGCAAAGGAUCCCAACAGCUCCAUCACGGCCCAGCAGGCGGAGCGUUCCAUUGUGCAGCAGGCCCAGGCCGCCGGCAGCGCUGCCUUUCAAUUCGACCCCAAUGCCAGUCCAGAGGAGAAGCGGGCCCAGGCUCGAUCGCGAGUCCCCCCGGGCUUCCACCACGAGCGAAACCCCAAUGCAACAGCCCUGGUCACAGACACCGACGACAAUGGCCCCAGCCAGUAUGACCUGCCCACGCCCACCAAAGCCGGUGCUGUACUACCACCCGAAGCACCCAAAGAAAACGGUCACGCGCCCGGCCACUUCUUCGACGACGACGCGCGCUGGGAACGAGUCGGAUGGGCGCCACGGUUCGGCAUGCCGGGCUCGGAGAUUCAGGAGGAGGAGCCCUCUCUGGCCGACCACCAGACGUGGCUGGAGGGCAGACUGGAGGACAAGUUCUUUGGUGACUGGUAUCAUAAUACGGGCAUCAUCAUCUUUGCCUGUCUGAGCUCGUGGGUUGUCGGUGUCCUGGGCGGUGGGCUGGGCUGGAUCAUGAUAUUCAUCGCCGUCUGCGGAACCUACUAUCGAACCUCGAUUCGUCGCGUGCGCCGCAAUGCGCGAGACGAUCUCAAUCGCGAAAUGGCAAAGAACAAGCUGGAGACGGAUACCGAGACCCUCGAGUGGAUCAACAGCUUUCUGGUCAAGUUUUGGCCCAUUUACGCCCCUGUCUUGUGUGACACCAUUGUCGGCACUGUAGACCAGGUCCUCUCCACAUCGACCCCAGCAUUCCUCGACAGCCUGAAGAUGAAGACAUUCGUCCUCGGAACGAAGCCGCCGCGAUUGGAGCACGUCAAAACGUACCCCAAGACCCAGGACGACAUUGUGCUCAUGGAUUGGAAAUUUAGCUUUACGCCCAACGACACGGCUGACCUCACCUCGAGGCAGAUCAAGAACAAGAUCAACCCCAAAGUCGUGCUUGAGAUUCGCGUCGGCAAAGGCCUCGUUAGCAAAGGUCUAGACGUCAUUGUCGAAGACAUGGCCUUUUCCGGUCUCAUGCGCCUCAAGUUCAAGCUGCAGCUGCCCUUUCCCCACAUUGAAAAGGUCGAAAUGUCCUUUUUGGACCGCCCCACCAUUGAUUAUGUGUGCAAGCCCCUGGGCGGAGAAACAUUUGGUUUUGACAUCAACUUUAUUCCCGGAUUGGAAAGCUUCAUUAUGGAGCAGAUCCAUGCCAAUUUGGGCCCCAUGAUGUACGACCCCAACGUUUUCCCCAUUGAGAUUGCCAAGAUGUUGGCUGGCAACCCUGUCGAUCAAGCGAUUGGCGUUUUGCAAGUCCAUUUCCACGGUGCACAGGGCCUCAAGAAUCCCGACAAGUUCUCUGGUACCCCCGACCCAUAUGCCACUGUUUCCAUCAACAACCGCAAUGUGCUCGGACGUACCAAGACUGUUCAUGAAAACCCUAACCCGAGAUGGAAUGAGACUGUCAACAUCAUCAUCACAUCGCUCAAAGACUCGCUCACCAUCAACAUCUUCGACUACAAUGACAUUCGAAAGGACAAGGAUCUCGGCACCGCUACCUUUGCCCUGGAACAGCUCGAGGAGAAUCCUGACAACGAAAAUCUACAGCUUGAGGUCAUGUCUGGCGGUCGAGCGCGGGGUCUGGUUACAGCCGACAUUCGCUUCUUCCCGGUUCUCGAAGGCACUACACUGGAAGAUGGCACCAAGGAGCCACCGCCAGAGUCGCGCACGGGUAUCUGCAAGUUUACUGUAGAGCAGGCCAAGGACAUGGACGGCAGCAAGAGCUUGAUUGGACAACUGAGUCCAUAUGCAGUUCUCCUUCUCAACGGACACGAAGUCCACAAAUCGCGUGUCAUGAAGCGAACCAACCAACCCAUCUGGCCAGAUGCGACCAAGGAGAUGCUCAUUACUGACCGCAAGAAGGCCAAGCUGGGUCUUGUUGUCAAGGAUGACCGCGACCUUGCAACUGAUCCGAUCCUUGGUACUUAUCAAAUUACGAUUGACGACAUGCUGGAACUGAUGGCCAAGGGCCACGAAUGGUUUAAUCUUGCCGGUGCAUCGAGUGGCCGUGUAAAGAUGAAGCUCGACUGGAAACCGGUCGCGCUCAAGGGAUCUGUGAAUUCAAGUGGCUACCUGACGCCCAUUGGUGUCAUGAGACUGCACUUCCAGAGCGCUCGUGAGCUGCGCAACCUUGAGGCGCUCGGCAAGUCGGACCCAUAUGUCCGCGUUCUGCUGUCUGGUAUCGAAAAGGGACGUACUGUCGUGUUCAAGAACAAUCUGAACCCAGACUGGGACGAGGUCAUCUACGUGCCUGUCCACACUCCCCGCGAGAAGCUUACACUGGAAGUCAUGGACGAGGAAACUCUUGGCAAAGAUCGCCCAUUGGGACACAUUGAGCUUUUGGCUGGCGAUUAUAUCACGCAAGAUACGAAUGGCGAAUAUCUUGUCUAUGAACAAAAGCAGCCCGUGGCAGCACCUUUGAGGUUGAGUGGGCACACUCAAUCCAAGGGUACGCUAAACUACACUUGCUCCUUCUACCCUACCUACCCGACCUGGGAUCCCGAGGAAGACGAAGAAGAAGAGAAGAAGGAGGUUGCAACCAAUGGCAGUACCCGCCCUCCGUCUGAAGCCUCCAAGACCAGUCAUCAGCGUGUUACAUCUGGCUCAUCUGCCAUCAGCAGAGCAGAUACCGUCGGAACUAUUUCUUCGCUCAAGUCGAGCGAGAAGGACAUGAUCAAGGAGCUUGAGAAUAAUGAGCAAAGACAGGAAGAGGCUGUUGAACAAAAGAAGGAGAUUGAGAAAUUGAGGCUUACCCAGGACAACUUGCAGCAGUAUGAAUCCGGUUUGCUGGUAUUCAAGCUCAUUGAUGGCGAGUUUGCUCGGACUGGCGCUCACGUCGAUGUUAUUAUGGAUGACAUGGCAUAUGCCAGCUAUUCCAGCACCAAGAUCAGGAGUAACAAGAUGGUCUUCAACGAUGUUGGAGAUACCAUGAUUCGAGAACUCGACUUUUCCAGGAUCACUCUCCGUAUCAUUGAGCAUGUUGAUAACGACGGUGAGGACCAUGGCGAUCACGUUGUCGCCAAGUUGACCGGAAAUACUAUCGAUACGUUGCGAAGAGCUUUGUACACGCCUACCCAAUUCACUCUGAAAGACAAGAACGGGCGUGAGAACAAGAUUACGGUCCUGCUCAAGUACAUUCCUGUCAAGAUGCGUCUCGAUCCUAGCGAGUCUUUCAACAACCAGGGUACUCUUCGAGUAGAUGUGCUUGAUGCAGCGGAUCUGCCUGCAGCUGACCGCAACGGCUUCUCGGAUCCUUACUGCAAAUUCAUACUCAACGACAAAGAGGUGUACAAGACGAAGACGCAGAAGAAGACACUCCACCCUGCCUGGAACGAGUAUUUUGAAGUGCCAGUACGAAGCCGGACAGCAGCCGAUUUUCUCGUCAACGUCUUUGAUUGGGACUUUGGUGACAAGGCCGAUUUCCUCGGCAGGGCCAACAUCAACCUGGAGAUUUUGGAGCCCUUCCAGCAGCAAGAAGUCACGCUCGCACUGGACGGAAAGUCUGGUGCCAUUCGUCUACGCAUGCUGUUCAAACCAGACUAUGUCAUGCGCUCUCGCCAGGGCUCAAGUACCUUUUCUGGCACCUUUGCAGUUCCAGGCAAGGUGAUUGGUGCUCCUGUAAAGGGGGUCGGUAAGGGUGCUGCUUUUGUGGGCGGUAAUGUCGUUCGUGCAGGAACCUUCCUCGGCCGUGGUUUCAAGCGUAGAAAGUCUCGUGGUGAAGCUGGUGGCGACGACGAACCCGAGCGUCCAGACACUGCUGACCGGCCAUCGGCUGACACGCCCAUCAUCUCCAUUGAAGGCGAGCCCAACACACCACCAAGAGAGAGCACAAACCAUAACAGGCAUCGUUCUCUGGGUGCACAGAGUUUCUCAAGCCGCUACGGUGACGGCAUUGGCGGGGCCGAGCACGGCACAGCCAGCAUUACCGUUCUAAGCGCUGACGGCUUCCCUCCAAACACCAACCUCCGAGCACACAUCCAACUUGGCAAGAAGGAGAUUCACAAGACAGAUCACAUCAAAGCCCCUCAAGGCUCUGUGGUAUUUAACCCGUCUGAAGAAACCUUCAAGGCGCAAUGUACCGCCGACGCCUUUUUCAAGAUCAUCGUCAAAGACCACUCCAAGUUUGGCCGCGACGAGGAACUCGGCGAUGCCCAAUUUACCGUCUCCGACCAGGGCAGUGGUAGCGAGCAAAACGUGGGCGUGGGCAGGGGCAUGGUCACACUCCGCACUAGCUUCCAACCAGGCGAUGCCACCAGUCAGCACGGCAGCGUCAGCCCACGACCCAGCAACAAGGAAAAGCGAGGCGGGCUGCUAAGGAGAGACCGGAGUACGACGCCUGCUUAGAAAGCACCUCAUCGACUCUACCGGAAGAAAAGCUUGAUAUCUGGUGAUGCCAGAGACGGAGACGAAGAAGUAAAGACUCUGAAUGAGCAGGGAAGCACACACACCUUGUCGCUGCGGAAUUGGAUCGACAAUGUCGAGGCCGGGAGACGGAGUUUUGUGCUUUGAUUUUGUAGUCGUGCAAAGAGGAAAUAAGGAAUGGGAUAGAUGGAUGGAAUUUCUUUUUUUCCUUCUUCUUCUUCUUCUUCUUCCUCUCUCUACAUCAUCCGGCUAGGGUAGGAAAAAGCCGGGAUGCUUUUUUUCCGUUUUUCCUCCCCUCUCUUCCUUGCUUCUCUUCCUUCCUAUGAUUGGUGGUGGUGGUGGUGGUCAUGGUGUGGUGGUCACUUUGGCUCACUUCCCCCUCCCCUUGGCCCCCCCCUUUUUUUUCCGAC